AUGGUACUUGAACAUUUAUCAAAAUAUAUAAUAAAAUGUUUAAGAAGUGAUGAUAUGAAAGAACCUUGUUUCCGUUGUAAAAGACCAACUUAUUUUAAUGAUAAAGUUGGGCCUCUUAAAGAUGGAUCUCUAUUUCAUAAGGGUUGUUUUAAAUGUUGGAUUUGUGGAACAAGAUUGUCUUUAAAAACUUAUCACAACAACAGGAAUGAUACACAAGAUUUAGAGGUUUAUUGUGCUGGUCAUGUUCCUACACCUGGACCACAUGAUCCUAUACCACAUCGAUCAAAUCUUUUGUUCAGUCCCAAAACUAAAGGAGAGUACCCACAUAAUUUAAUGCGCCCAGCAGCACCAAACUAA